UAGAACUAAUCAUUACUCGAAAUCUGCACUGCAGAUAAAUUUCAUCGAUACGAAGCGUAAUUUGUCAGCUGCACGACAUCUCGGCAACUGACAGUUGAGACAUUGGAGUGCUUCCAAAAUCCUUGCAUUUGACCCCCUUUUAUUGCUGACAAUCUCUCUCUCUCUCUCUCUCUCACGGAUGUUUGUUUGAGAAAGAUGCUGUCUGGGACGUGUUGUCUGAAGUACGCGUGACCCAAAAGCCAAAGGGCACCUCUCUUCCUCCCCCUCUGUCUCUGGGCUACAUUCCUUCUCUCCUAAUUAUCUCUGCAUGUUGUUCUGCAGGAAAUCCUUACGAACAUCUCCUCUGUGUCUGUUCUAUAGGUAGAAACUGACUUGGUUUUCGGGAGCAGAGCACAGGAAUAUUAAUGUCAUAAUCCUAUCCCAUCCCAACCUCCUAGUUUCCCGUGAUUUGUAGGUAAAGUUUGGGUUUUUUUGGGGAAACAUCCGCAAAUUCCAUGAAGGGUACUUCUGUCUGGCAACGAUUGAGCUUUUCCUGUUUGGAAAUUGCCCAUUUGGGAUUUGCAAGAUUGCUGUAUUUUGAGCUACAUUUUGCCUAAAAAUGGGAAUGAACGAUGGAGGAGAUGAUUGCAGAUUGGAGAGAGGAGAGCGGAAGAGAGCAGAAGAUUGAAUUAAUUAUGGAAACUGUGUGUUACUAUUUUUGCAUUUACUAUGUUUAGUCAGUAUCCAGAUUCAAGAGAAUCAGAUAUAAAAUCUCUCCAGCUCACUUAGUUGGAAGAAGCUGGAGUGAAGAUGUCUGCGAAACUGCUGCAUUCCCUUGUGGACGAUAACCCGCAAACGGGGUGCUCGGCUGGGAUGUAUCGCCAGCUCUUCGAUCUCCAGCACUUGGUCACGGGAGGCCGGAUUGCCCCGAAGAGGCUUCCUCCUGUUUACUCCGACUUCACCGGCGGUAACCAUCAACAUACCCUCAACGGAUCAUAUGCUCAGUGUGUGAACGACAAACGAAGACUUUUUAUGGAACCAUCAAUAGCCUCUUGUCCAUCAGCUCGCUCAUCUUCCGCGUUCUCUCUUGAGUUGGCUCAAAUGAAUCAGGCCGAGGUGUCUUCACCAGACCGAAUCAUAUUCCCUGAAUCAUCCUCAAGGAACCCCUUGAAAAGCCAAUCAGGUGCUCAUUUGCAGGACGUGCAUGAAGAUUCAACGAGAGACUCUUUGAGGUCUUCUUGGCAAGAACAACCUAUCAAUGGCCCUGCUGAUCUGAAGGAAUCACUGAGAGUACUUGCCAAACUCCGAGAAACGCCUCGGCACUUUGAUGAAGACAGUGAAGAUUGGAGGUCGUCUUACGGAUCAGCAUGUCUUGCUCCUUGGCUUUCCUUUGAUGGAGAAGAGUCGGGUAGAUUAUCAUUCGGAUCGCGAGAGACCAUCACGAAACCGAAAGAUCUCCCUAGAAUUUCUCUUGACAGCAGGGAAUGUGCGGUUCUAGGUUCCAGCUCUUGCUUAAAACAAAGUCCAAAUUCGAAAGAUUUGCUGGAGAACAUUCAGAAGUCGAAGGGCCAAGUCAAGGAUGUAGAACAAUCAAGCGGAUCUCAGAAGAGGCAUGCGAGUGUGGUGGCCAAGCUCAUGGGCUUGGAAGCAUUCCCUGAUUCUGUUCGACCGAUCGGAACUUCUGACUCCGCAAGGAGGCCGAAAUCAGGAGGCCAGUCACCGAGUUGGAAAAUUCAGGAUUCAGCUACAAACAACAUAUCAUGUUCGAGGCUUCCGAUAGAACUGGUGCCUUUGAAACAGCAGAAGGGUGGAAAUGGCGAAUCUCCAAAUUCAUCGGGCUCUAAGCCCGUAGAAGUCCCAAAUAGACAGUCAGAAUCUCUUCAUUCUGUUUACGGUGAGAUCGAGAGAAGGUUGAAAGUUUUUGAAUUUAAAUGUACACAGUCGGAAAAGGAUCUUGGGGCUGUUAAACAGAUAUUAGAAGCAAUACGAAGGAAGGGGCUUUUGGAGACUCAGAGAGGAGAAGAAUGCCCUACGGAUUCUGAAAGUCGAGAGGGAUACCAGGGGAAAUACAUGAGGCCUAAGCUGAAUCUGGAGUUGGCAAAAAGUUGUGGGCCAAAGAAUAGCCACAUGUUUUCUAGUGCAGAGCAGGAAUCCGAUUAUCCGAGGAACAUUGAGUCGACUAUUCUGAUAAUGAAACCAGCUAAACUUGUUGAAAGAGAUGGUGCUGGUGUUAGAACUCUCAAUUCAAGAGUCAUGCAAAAUGGUGGGAUAGCAAAAGAUCAGUCUCGUGUGGAUAGUAGCAAUGAUUCUCCGGCAAGGCAAUCCCACGAAGGAAAAAGCACAUUGGGUGGAAAAGUUGGAUCAAACUUGCCCAACAACUCUUCUAGUUUGGGCAGCGAUACUAUCAGAGAGUCAAAGGCUCGAAGGUUCAGUGAAGAUGGAUUGCUUUUGGAGGAAGCCAUUCCAGUUUUGGCACACAAGUCUAGUCCUGUCUCAGUCCUUGAUGUUUCUGAGUCCACGGAUGAUUCAUCAUCUCCUGUGAAAAAGACUCUAAAUUCUCUUGGAGAACAUUGCGACAGGGAUAAUGAAAACAAACACGAAGCCGACAGCCUUCUUGAGAUUAGCCGCAAGAAACUGCAGAAUGUCAGGGACUUAAUUCAGAAGCUUGAAAGACUAUGCUCGACUAAUGAUGAAGAGAGCACAGAUUAUGUUGCCCAGCUGUGCGAGUGCGAGAAUCCAAAUCCCGACCAGAAGUACAUCUGCAAGAUACUCGUAUCCUCGGGCAUCCUACUUCGAGACCUCGGCUCUGGACUCUCCACAUUUCAACUCCACCCUUCAGGCAAUCCAUUUGACCCCAACUUGUUCCUCGUUCUGGAGAGGAGGAAAAACAAAAACAGUGGGGCCAUGGAAGAGGAUACAUCCCGCCGGAGGAUAAUAUUCGACUCCGUGAAUGAGAUCCUCGGGAGGAAAGUCACUGGUUCGGGAAUUGUCUGGCACAAGCUGGUGGAAGAGACCUUGACUGCACAGAAGCUUCUCAAAGAGUUGUGUCACGAGAUAGAACUGCUAGAGGCGAACACGAAGAAACCAAGGAAUGACGAUCCCGAAAGCAGGGGCGAUGGCUGCUUGAGAAGCAUCCUGUGGGAGGAUGUGAUGCGAGGCGAGGACAAGUGGACAUGUUUCUGCAGGGAGACAUAUGAUCUGGUCACGGACUUGGAGGACGUGAUCUUCCAAGAGCUUAUUGAUGAGAUCGGGAUCACCAGGAAAGCCGGUCCAAGGACAAAUUCGAGCUAGCAGGGAUCGAAAUAACAUCUGUAUAUUCUUGUGCAGUUGUGUGCCAUAUGGGGUCGUGUUUCAUAAUACCGUCAAUUCUGCUAUUCGAACGAUAAUAAUUUUAUAUCGAGAAGUUGGAAUUUGAGCUA